AUGGCGCCACUGGCAACUCGACAGAGCCACUCCCUGGUUCCUGGUAUCCCACGUCCCCCAAAACGACCUCCAAGCACACCAGUCAAAGUCCAUAAGGAAAUUGAUCCCAUGGUAUUUUUUGAGCUAUUCGCCGGAACUGUUGGGAUUUUCAUAAUAGCAGUUUUAUUUUGGAAGCUUGGGGGUUUCAUCAGACGAUUUAAUCGAAACAAGGUGCUGAGAGCAGGUAAAAACUCGCACACCCGAUACGCACGCACAUGGUAUGGCUGGGUCACGCGGCCGACACACGAGAGAAACAAAAAAGUGAUUCAUGACUUCUUCGCUCAAAUUCGGAACUCAAUGACGUGGAGAUCGACUCGGGACGACUAUAGUUGGAUUUGGUGGGAUCCUGGUAAUGUGGAAAAGCAGAAACACUGUCGAGAACAGAGAGGAUUUCGUUGGCUACCAGAUUACUUCAAGAGCUAUGACGAUUCUCCGACUGCCGACGAAAUCUGGAAUUCUUGUUCACACCUCAAGUGUCAUGGAGCUUUGGAGGACAGUGUCUCAAUCUCCCAACCUGUUCCAGCGCCAAGUUCUAUGCGGCGGCCACAAGCGCAAGAGGAGAUACCGGGAUUAACCCUGCCACGGCAAUCCACGUUGAUCAAGAAUUCACCCGUUAUAACUUGUUCAAUUCUAGAGGAGCUUCUCAGGGACCCUCUGCAGCCAAAUGAUGGCAAUUAUGAUCACAAACCCUGGUUUAAUUUUUGUAAGAAUGCAGAAAGGCCAGCGGCCCGCGCACCGGUGCUGUUCCACAAGGUCCGAUCAUUACCAUAUCGACAGAAACGAUCCUACCAGAUCCGAGGAUCGAUCCCAUGGUCGCAUGGUAAGGGAUCCCAAAAUGUCCCAUAUCAAUUUCAAUCUGUCGUAAAACGUGAUGAGUUUCAAUAUGAGCUACCAGAGCCGAGUGGCUCGAUGCACACAAAAGAGCCUAAACCACUUCAUCGACAUGCCGAUCACCGCAGAUACCGUGGAUGGUCAGCGCGAAUGCAGAUGGGGCGGAAAGAAGCAGUCUUUGGCAAUAUAGGGGAUUCGUCCGGUCCUCCUGGGACACCAAAAACCGAAUGUUUGAUCAGCUAUGUCUCGGACCCGAGCUGUUCUAUUCGCAAUCAUCUCAAGCAGCCACGAAAUAGCACCGAAGGGAGCUUGCAUGUCUCGGAAGAUUUUACAUCUUUCACUUCCAGACUUCGUGUUGACAACCAAUUUGUUUUCUCGAAUGAACGACGGACGUAUACCAAAAUCAUCCAAUGGAAUUCGGCCCCAGCAAGAAGUCAUGUUCAAGGGACAGGGACCAAUUCCAAAGCGAGACCAGCUUUGUCUGAUGAAUGGCGAUUUAUGUGUGACCCAAAACAUCCUGCUCUCUCCCUCCGUCAAGGGAAAAGACCGGAAUUAAACGCCGCUCGAUGCUCCGCAGAUCAAACCCAGCUCCAAACAGGAGACGCUGUCGACAAGUUGAAUGAUUGGGAGAUCAGAAUGAUGGAGAGACUGGAUCGAAAGCUAUUAUGGCUCUUCAAUGAAUUCACCCCAGGGAAAAAACCAUACCAUUUUGCCUUAUUAGCCAACCACUGGCUGAAUAGAGAAACGUGGUUUGUUUACGAUCCCGUGUCCAGGGUUUCCACUGAUGCACGUCGAAUGUGGGGAGACCCACGAUGCAACGUUCCUUAUCCACAACCGAUUUUCAGCCCUAGACCAAAGUACCCUGUAUCCAAAAGAAAACGCGCGCAGACUCCUCGUAUCGACUCCUGGCGGGCCGCAGUGAAUAAGCAGCGGAAGGUAUCUGGCAUCCGAGACGCCAUUCGCACUAUUACACUGUAUGAUGAGUCGGCCGAAGAACCGCCAGAUGGUCACAUCGACCCAGGCUGCUGGGCUCUGCCGAAGCCGCCUCAAGGCUUUGAAGUGUCCACUGCGCAGAAGAAUGCCUGGUAUGAAGGAGGGGCAGGCUGGCAAGAGAAGCUUGACGAUUGGCAGCAAGUCCAUCGCGGAUAUCUCCUCCACAAAGCCUUCCACGAAGGCCGAGUCAAUCGAGGGAAGGUCAAAGAAGUGGCAGCCCAAGUCAAUAAGUGCUGCCGUACUGCGUCCGAAAAAUUGAUACUAACCUCGGAUCUCGGGAAAAGAAUAGCUUCAAACCUCCUUGUCUCAUGA